AAAUUAGUUAAAAUUUGUCGGGAAAAGAAAAAUCUCAACUUACCCAAAUAUCCUUCACAGAUUCGUCGGAUCCAACCCUUUCUUGUUUCUCACUUCUCACUUCCCACUUCCCACUUCACAUCCUUUUUUUUUUUUUACUCCAAACCAAACCUUCUUCAUCAAUGGCGGAUAUUGACACCCAGAUUCGGCAACACCCAUCAAUCUCCAAGGAAACAGCUCUCCAAGCUCUCAACACCAUUAUCCAACUCCAUUUCGAGAAGACCCUCGAGAAGAAACGCGCCAUAGAUCUCCAAAAGAAAGAGCUUCACAAGCUUUUCCAGCUCUUCUUCAUAUUCCUCGCUCUCAUUUUCUUGACCCAAUCUCUUUCCCCUCGCCUCGAAUGCCGCCAUUGCUGGAUCCCCAUUGCUCUUCUCUCCGUUUCCCAUCUCAGUUUCUACGUCUCUGUCGCUCAGACCCUCCGUUGCAUCAAUGGCUUCAAGUACCAGCGCCGUUGCCAUAAGCUUACUCUGGGUUUCGCUACUGAACGCCUCAGAGAGAUGAGGAUGAAGAUUUCCGCCGCCGUCGAUGCAGGGUUUGAUGGAGGCGUGACGGAUGAGGAAUUUGAGAUUCAUUAUCAGGAACCACCCGAGAGUUAUUUGGGUAAGUUUAAAAGGAAUUGGGCUCUGCAUUUUGGGUUCUUGAUCUUCAUUUAUCUCUUCAUGAUUUCUUCCUCUGUUGUUCUUCUCUGUUCUUGAUUCUUUAUUAUUCUUUUUUUUUUUUUUUUUGUGCAAAAUUGGAAAAGAAAAUCAGCAAUUUUUGGAUUGGGAUUGUUCAUUCUUUGUUGUUUGAUUUUACCCCACUUUUAAUAGUUGGAUUUUCCUUCUUCUUUUUGGCAUUUUUAUUUUGUUGCUCACUUCACUUAUAGCAACUUAUAGCUCGUGCUUGGAAGUUGGAAUUGUAGUGAAAUCAAUUCCAAUGUAAAUAGUUAAAAUUUGAUUUUUGGGGUAUUUAAACUGAUUUUGUGUUGAUAAUAUUUUCAGAGAAAGUUUAAAUUAGAAAUGAAGAAUGAGAAGUGUAUAGUAUGAGUAAUUUUAUUGGGAAGUCAAAUUUUAAAAAAAAUGGCUACAUUUCUCAAAAUAUUGGAGAAAGGGUUAGUCAAAAUGAUGAAGGUUGAAAAAGAAUAGUUGAUUGAAAUUCCAGUGCUCUAUGAAUUAUAUAUAUUAUUCUAUCAUAUGAUGUUUGUUAAUGUGAACUUUAUGACUUUGAAGAAUGCUUUUCAGAGUAAAGGGGGUGUCAUUUCAAAUUUUCCUUUUUGGUUAAAUUUUCAUUUUUAGCUUUUCUCUUUUUAUGAUUCACCUACAACAUUAUUCCUCCUCUCCUUUUCUUUUCUUUUUUUUCAUUUAUUUUUGUUUUAAUAUUUUAUAUAGUUUUAUAACUUUUAUCUCACUUUAAUUUAAUGUUGAUUCAUGACUACUAGUAGUAUACUAUAUGCUCUCCUACCUUUGAGUCAUACCAUUUUAUUCUAAUAAUUUCAAUUAAUGUCUCUAUUGUUCAUAAAAUUUGAGAGUAUCUUCUCCCUGUUGUAAUUUUUGGACUAAAGUUUCUAUAGAAAAAAACUUUGAAUUAA